UAUUAUUUUUUAAUUUUUUUUUUUUUUUUUCAAACUAGAGAAGAGUGUAGUAAUAUAGUGAGAAAAAUAUCCUCAAUUUUGAGCUGCUCCGCCAUUGAAGAAGCUCUGAAGGAUAGCAAGGCUAAUCUUGAAGCAUGAAGCGCCACUACUUUCUUGCCAUCGUCGCCAUUUUUGCCCUCUCGUGCUCUCUGCUUCCUUCUUCAAAUGGUUUGAAGAGGAUUAGCCUGAAGAAGAGGCCUGUUGACCUUCCCAUCAUGGACGCUGUCAGACAGGCUAGAUUGGAGGGGAAAUACGGGACUGGCUUCAAAGGCAGGGAGAUCAGACUUGCCGAAUCGGAGGGAGAUGCCGUGUAUUUGAAGAAUUAUAUGGAUGCUCAAUACUUUGGAGAGAUUAGCAUUGGUACACCUCCACAGAAUUUCAGUGUCAUAUUUGACACUGGCAGUUCCAAUCUGUGGGUUCCCUCGUCUAAAUGCAUCCUGUCUAUUGCUUGCCUAUUUCAUACAAAAUAUAAGGCUGGGAGAUCUAGUACAUACACUAAGAAUGGUAAAUCCUGCUCGAUUCAAUAUGGAUCUGGCUCGGUCUCUGGAUUUCUUAGCCAAGACAAUGUUGGUGUUGGCGAUGUUGUAGUCCACAAUCAAGAAUUUAUUGAGGUUACACGCGAAGGCAGCCUUACCUUCGUCUUGGCCAAAUUUGACGGAAUAUUUGGGCUCGGUUUCCAGGAAAUUGCGGUUGCCAAUUCAAUACCAGUCUGGUACAAUAUGGUAGAUCAAGGACUUGUCGAUGAGGAGGUAUUCUCGUUCUGGCUUAACCGCGAUCAAAAUGCAGAAGUCGGAGGCGAGAUUGUCUUUGGCGGAGUUGAUCCAAACCACUUCAAAGGCGAACACAGCUAUGUUCCUGUCACGAAGAAAGGGUACUGGCAGUUUGAGAUGGGUGAUUUCCUGAUCGGCAACAAGACCACAGGUUUUUGUGACGGUGGCUGUGCUGCUAUCGUGGAUUCCGGGACUUCCUUGCUGGCUGGUCCAUCCACCGUCAUAGCUCAAGUCAACCAUGCCAUCGGGGCAAAAGGAGUUUUGAGUGCCGAAUGUAAGGCACUUGUCUCCGAAUAUGGAGAUAUGAUAUGGGACAAUCUCAUAAAUGGGGUAAGGCCUGACAAAGUUUGUUCCAAGAUAGGUCUGUGCUUCUUCAAUGGUGCCGACUCUGUGAGCUCCAACAUUGAAAUGGUGGUCAACAAGAACAAAACUGAGAACACGCUGCGCGAUGAUCCGGUGUGUACUGUUUGUGAGAUGGCCGUGGUUUGGAUAAAAAACCAGCUUGCCAAUGAGGAGGUGAAGGAGAAAGUGCUCGACUAUGCGAAUCAGGUCUGCGAGAGCAUACCGAGCCCGGGAGGCGAAUCAGUGAUCGACUGCGCGGUCAUACCCACCUUACCUACCGUCACAUUCACCAUUGGCGGAAAAGCUUAUCCGUUGACUCCAGAACAGUAUGUUCUGAAAAUCGGCGAAGGAAUUUACGCGUCUUGCUUGAGUGGAUUCAUGGCUUUCGAUUUGCCCCCUCCACAGGGGCCCCUGUGGAUUCUUGGAGACGUCUUCAUGGGACCAUAUCACACGGUGUUCGACUCUGGCAACCUCAGGAUCGGCUUCGCCGAAGCUGUCUGAUCGAUCAUCGAUCGAUCUUGCGGACCAGGCAGUGUCUUGGCUUGUAAUGACUGUAAGGAUAUAACUGUGUUUGUACGUACUAAUGACUGAAUGAAUAUGUGUGUAUGGUUUAGGGGAUGUUGUAGGAAUAAACUGCUGCUUUAAUGGUGUCUAUGUUUUCUGUAUGAUAUGUAUGUAUGCACAAACAUGUUAUCCCUGGACAUGUUUUUCCAAGUCCGAUAAACCUUGCUCUUUAAAAUUUUAAUUUUUA